AAAGAUAAUAUUAUUAUUUUCAAUAAACCGAAUAUUAAACCAAAAGUUUUUAAAAUUCUUUUAAAAUAUUUUUAUACUGGAACGUAUUCAAUUGAAGAAGAAAAUAAUCAAGAAUUAAUUCUUGAAUUACUUAUCGCAGCUGAUGAAUUAGCGCUCACGGAUUUAGUUGAAAAUGUUCAAUCAUACAUUAUUAAUAAUAAGUUUAAUUGGGUUCAUCAAAAUCUUAUACAAGUUUAUAAGACUGCGACAACUUAUGAUGGAUUUAAAAUUUUUAGGGAAUAUUGUGAAGAAUUAAUUUGUGGAAGACCUGAAUUAUUUUUUGAAUCUCAAGAUUUUAUUUCAAUGGAUAAAUCUACAUUAAUUUCAAUUAUUAAAAGGGAUGAACUUGAAUUAGAAGAAAUUGAAAUUUGGAACAAUAUAAUUAAAUGGGGUAUUUCACAAGAACCUCAAAUAAAUUCAAAUUUAUUAGAAUUAACUCGUAAAGAUUUAAAUGAAUUGAAAAAUAGAUUGGAUGAAAUAUUACCACAUAUUCGAAUUUUUCAUAUAACUGGGAAUGAUUUUCAUGAAAAGAUUUGGCCAAUAAAAAAAAUUCUUUCAAAAGAUCUUAUUAAUCAACUUAUUAAAUUUCAUAUUGUAAAAGAUAGUAAUUUACCAACAGAUGCGUUAUCAAAAAGAAGUCAAAAAUUGGAUAAUUCUAUUAUUAUUAAAUUUCAACAAGCAGAUCUCUUAGCAAAUUGGAUAGAUCGUAAUGAUGAUGCAUAUGAACGUAAAUUAGGUGUUUCUUAUGAAUUUCAACUUUUACUUUGUGGUAGUCGUGAUGGAAUGGAUAUGAAAACGUUUCGUAAUUUAUGUGGUAAUAAAGGUCCAACUUUGAUUAUAAUUAAAUUAAGAGGAUCAGAUCAAAUUAUUGGAGGGUAUAAUCCAUUAUCAUGGAGGUUGUUAAAUCAUUGGCAAGCUACUCCAGAAUCUUUUAUAUUCUCUCUUAAUAUGAAAAAAAAUUCUUAUAUAUUGAGUCGAGUACAACAAGCAUACUCAUCAUAUGCGAUUAAAGAUUUAAGUAACAAUGGCGUUAGUUUUGGUAAUGAUGAUUUAGCAUUUUUUGUUGGAGCUUGUAAUAAAUCAUAUUAUGAAAAAAGAAUUCUUGAUACAACUACUUUCAAUAUGGAGGAUUUUGAAGUAUUCAGAGUAGUUAAAAAUAAAUAAUUUAUUUUAAAUAUUUAUUUAUUAUCAUUAUUAAAAAAAAAAUAAAAUAAUAUAAAUAAAUAUAUUUAUUAAAAUUUUUAUUCUAUCUCUAUAAAAAUGUGUGAACAAAUUAAGAAAUUUAAUGAGAUCAAGAACAACUUCUCUCGUUGAGUAGUAUCUCCUAACCAUCUAUUCCAUCUAUUACUUUAAGGAAAAGCUAACGUCCUUAUAAAA